AUGCUAGCGGCUAGUGAAGAAGAUUUGUCAUCAAGCGAAACGGCUGCAGAAUUAGAAAACCCGUGUUCUAUUCCGGAGGCUAAUGAUUGCCAGUUUUCCUCGACGAACCUGGACGAAAAAAGCUCUACAUCUUUCGAAGAAGACGGGUCUUCAUUUCACAGCUGGUCGGAGCCACAGUUCCAUGAUGAUGAGCACUUGAGUGCAAUUUUAGAAAAUUUGAACAACAAACCAAUGGAAAAGUUCUCAGACAACUUGAAGGAAUGGGCGCUUCAAUACAACAUAAGACACAAGGCUCUUGGAAAACUUUUACUUUUGUUGCGUGACCACUACGACGAUGUGAACCUUCCCAUUGACCCGAGAACUUUACUUGGUUCCCCAAAAAAUACUGGUUCACGUUGCUCAAGUAUAUCUGGCGGAAAAUAUUGGCAUCAAGGGCUCGGAAAUUGUUUACGGUGUACGUUUAAAGAUUUAUCAAGCGACAUAUCGAUCCAGUUAAACAUAAACAUCGAUGGAGUGCCUCUUCAUAAAAGUUCGAGGGCUCAGUUCUGGCCAAUCCUGGCCAAUAUUCAUGGAAUGGAGCAUGUAAAACCAAUGGUGAUUGGAAUAUUUUGCGGUCAGACAAAACCACUAGAUGUAACCGAAUAUCUGUCUCCAUUCGUAAACGAAAUGAUACCUCUUCUGCAAAAUGGACAAACUAUCAAUGGCUGUAAAAUAAAAAUCAAUAUAAGAUGCUUCAUAUGUGAUUCUCCGGCACGUGCAUUUUUAAAAGGUGUUGUAAAUUUCAACGGAAUUCACGGAUGUUUAAAAUGUACAACAGAGGGUGAAUAUUCAUAUAUAUCACGAACGGUAGUUUUUCCAAACAUUCAUUGCGCCUUAAGGACAGACACUGAAUUUAGACGAAAGAUAUAUGGAAAACACCACAAAGAAGAUUCACCGAUUUUAAAACUACCUGGUUUCGACAUAAUCAAAGAUAUCGUUAUAGCUGAUCCGCUUCACCUGUUAGAACUAGGUGUUAUGAAACGCUGUCUCAUCGGUUGGCGUGAUGGAAGCCUCGGUUUCACUGCAAAACUUUGUGGCCGCGAGAUAGAAAAACUAUCAGCUGCAUUGACAAGUAUGAAACUACCGUUAGAAAUACAUCGAUCUAUGCGAGGCAUAGAUUGUAUUGCUUUUAGGAAAGGAGUUGAGCUUCGAAUUUUUUUAAAUUAUGUAGGAGUAGUGAUUCUUAAAGAUAUUUUAGAUGAACGCGUUUAUUUUCAUUUCCUGCUUCUAUUUGCUGAAAAAAAUUCUUUCCAACUAAACCAGAAAAAAAUCUAAAAAUCAAGUUGAAGUGCAAGUGCAUCUUGAUAAAAAAGGCGACUUUGUGAAAUGUAAAUUGAAGGGAUUUACUUUAAGU